CAUGUGAUAUGAUAAAAAGACCAAAUGAGGAAAUCAAAACUAUUUAUAAAUUGUAUMAACUUGUGUGAUCGAUGUUGUUCAAGUCACGCGAGGGUGCGGACGUGACGUCAUCGGCACUCAUCMACAAGUUCAUAAAAAGUUAUGUAGACAUAUAUCGAUGUAUAUUCACCUCUUCAAUGUGGUCUAGGAGGUACAGUGGGAUUUACGAGUGACUUCAGGUCUUACGCUUAUAAGGAGUUUAAUUGAUCAUGUCCUCAAACCCAUCCAUCUUUAUGAGAGGGCAUUUUAUGAAGAUGAAAACAUAUUGUGUACUCAGUUUUGUAUUGCUAUCAAACGCAAACGCAGAAACGACCGAAUCACGUGUUUUCAGUGGUUUACCCAACAUGCAAAGAACCAUGGGAUCGCUAGAGCCCAGGACACUAACCAUCCGUCACAACCUACCGGGAAAGAUUAUGUUUGUGGAAACUGUAGCCGAGUUUACAAUAAAGCUUAAUGUUAGUGUUCCUGACGAUUUCAAUUCAAGUGAAAUACAAACWAACUACAAGCUGGACAAAGACAAUCAAUCACUAGUACUUCAAGUGUUUAAACCAGAAUCUGUCGAAGUGAAUCCUCCGAAAGACCAACUCGUGCUGAUAAUCUCAACGACGGUCAGCGGUUUUGUCCUAUUGUGUAUUAUAUUUACUGUGACAAUGUACUGUUGCUGGUGGAAGAAACGCGCAAAGCGAUCACGUGACGAAACAGAUGACUCUAAGGAGGACGACACUUCAUCGAGCAAGAAGAAAAGCUUAAAAAUACCCACCACAUUUUCACAAAAACGUAAAAUGUUCCAAUCUGGUUCCAAUCCAUCCUUGCACGUGACCAUCAUGCUCGUCGUGGCAACAGUAUGUAUUGUGCAUGCGCAAUCGGGAACCAAUGUGGACAUCGUGGUAGAAGUCCCACAUGGAUUUCUGGCUCCAGAUGUCAGAAUUUUCAUCAAUGAAGACAAUGGAAAUGUCGUUGACGCUACAAAUUUUACUAAUGGGUCCGUACAUGUAUAUGACGUAGAGAGCGCAUAUACUGUACAAGAAGACAAAUGUCUUCAAUCCAACAAGACUUGUGUUAGAGGAAUCUGUGAUCCCUUGACAGGAGAAUGUGUUUGUCCACGUGAUAAAAAACCUGUAGAAGACAACCAAYGGGRGACUGUAUGUAUAUUCAAAUGCUCACACAGCUGCCCCAAGGRAUCAUUCGAGGUGUCAUCGUGUAAUGCAACUCACGAAGCAAUGUGCAAAAAGUGUAGACCGCCUUGUAGUUUCAAUGAAUUCGAAUCAACAGCCUGUGCCGGACAAACUGACAGAAACUGUACKGAUAUUUCACAACUGCCAGAGAUUAAGGUGUCUCCACAUAUGAUUUAUGAAGAUUUAUCCAAGGUCGACAGCGAUGUCACAGCAAGCAAGCUCAUCACCGAUCUUUCCGCUCAGUACACUGUCUGGCUUAACCGUUCAAGUGGUAUAGCAUUAAGAGCAGUUAUUAAACGCGCUGACUUCAGCACCAAAUUUCGCCAAGUAACUCAUCGUAACAAUGACAAUGAAAAAUUCCCUUCCAACAAGCAAAUGAAUAUACUUAAAGGGAAGUUUUGCAAGUCGCCCAUUCCAGACUUUUACAAGAUCAACCUGAAUGAAUUCCAAGAGUUGGAUGUUUUAAAGAACGACCUAAGUAAACUUUGUCCGAAUUACACAACUUCAGGAACCAUAAAGCCAACAGGAAAGGGUCUUUACUGCUCCGGCGUCAACAACACACUGGUCAGUUUAUUUGGUAGCAGAAAUUCCAGCAACAUCUUCUGGAAAACCGAGAAGGAUAGAMGUUGCUUCGACACAAAAAAUGCCUGCUCAAAAUGCCGARAUUCGUGCUCUAACAAUAUUCAAAAAUAUCCCAAUUGUAACGUUACUGAGGACGAUGUCAAAAGCAAGAAUAAGCAUGAAUACGGCGAACACUUCUCGUACUGUUUCGACUGUUGUUUUUCAGGCUGUACUUGCGCAAGCUGCGCAUGCACGACGUACAAAAAUGAUUGCGUCCGUAGUCAAUUGUCAUGCGUAAGAGUCAACCAGUACCAGCUUCUUCUCRAGCCAGAGUUUCCKUCCAGUGGAAAUUUCAAAUGUCACGUGGAAAUGUCACGUGGUCCCGAAGUUGUCAUAGAAACGUCUUUAUGGAGAUUUGGUAGGCGUGUGUAUUCUGUCAGCAGCGUAGACCAUAAUCUUACUAAAGAAAACAGUGGACGUACGAARCACGAAUUUGGAUUUAUGUCUGUAUCUCAUCCAACAGUCUUGCAAAGCWUGACGGAUAAAACAGUUCUGGUCAGCGGCAAUACAAAUAAAAAUAAAUUUAAAGUCGGUAUAUAUCAUCAUGAAGAUGACGUCAGUAAUUCCAUAGCAACGGGUACAGCAAGAAAUGAAAUUCAUGUUCAGCCCAGAGUUCCUUUCAGUAUGAACUCGAAAACGUGGGAUCAGAGCGACUGCAAUGCUGAUGUAGACAAGGCCAGCGGUUUUGCUGUCGUCCAAGACAGACCAAUCCACCAAAAUUUCCGUCAAAUUGAAAAUCUGACGGCGACGUUAGACCGACAGGAUAACGAGGACAUUUACAAGGUUUUCGACAAUAAAGACAGUCAUCGGAUUAACUUCGUUUUGUCUCGGAAUCUUUCGGUGAUGCGGAACAUGUUUCCAAAGACAGCUAUCGUCAAUGACGAGAGCUUGGUCGGUGUUCUUCUUCGAAACCGAACAUUCUGGACGCUAAAGUAUUCUGGUCGUUUAAACGAGUGUCCUGGUGCAUUUAAUGUGAAAAUGUACGAUCAAGAUAUGCCUGGUGUUGAGGUUUACAAUUUUGACAUUGCCGUUACAAAUAUAAGCUGUACCUUUGAAAUCGAGUUUCAUCUACCUUCAGGUGGAGACACGAGCAUAAUUGAUAAACAAUUUCUCACCAAAAUGACUGACUCUUACAAGACGGUCGAGAUUAUUUUAGUAAGCCCAAGAUACAARCCAAAUUUUGAUCUUCCCAUUAUCGUCAAUAAACCUGACUUUGAUCGGCUUCUUCGUGUACUAAUGCCCGCCAUCUACGCUCUUGGAUCUGCAUUUGUGCUGCUACUAGCCCUUCUGAUCUAUGGUUAUAAGACAAGACCGAAAGAUGACAUGCAAAGAGACCGAGAUAGUAAGCUUCAUUUUCGCCAUAUUCUCUUUGUUAUCUGGUUCGUUGGGAUGAGGUUAAUUAAGAGUUUUUUGCUGACGCUAACGGUAUUUUUCAUCAUAUUUUCUGCAAUUCACCAUCAAAAUGUCAAUACAYUGAAACGCUACUCGAAAUUCCGUGACCAACGCCAGAAAAUCGAAAAAGAAAUUAUCAAAAAGAUGGACGAGCACAAAGUUGCCGAGCUCAACCGACAGCUUGCGCAUCUCAAAGCUGGGAAAAAACUUUGCGACGAGAAACUCCGACAGGUCGACGAAAUGAUUGACGCUUAUUACGCUGAAAUGAGAAGACGUUUAUUUGAAGAAAUAAAGGUAAAAACUAUCAUCUCUGCGGCCUAUAAAAAAAUAGAGAAAAAAGUUAAAGAAUCCAAAGCGAAAUUCGACAGGACUCGGCAAGAGGUGAACCGCCGACUGAAAGCCAUGACCAAUGAGAUGAACUACAUUAUUCAAARCAUCAGAAACAAGGUUGAAAACAAUUUCUGGCUCAAAGCUGCGAAGGUUUUAUAUAAAAUUAUCAACGCUUUUGCGAAAAUAUUUGGUAGUGGACUCGGUCCCUUUAUUCGUUGGGUCGGUCUUGAUGUUAGUUUUCCAACCGUCGAUUUCAAUCUUGGUUCAUUUGAUUCGUUUUUCGAUGAAUUUCUAGCAAAGUUUCAAACGCCAAAAAUCAACUUCAGUCCCAACUAUAAUUUCAGCAAAGUCAGGAUACUAGCAGAAGAUUUGUCUUUGAAGUUAAAAGAACUUCGUUUGCCUUCUCUGAACAUUUCAAGUCCUCUUUCAAAUGAUCGUGCGCAAGAACUCCUUGCCUUGGAUUGGGUCGUCGCUUUCAUGAGGAGUGGUGUUUUGGCGGGAAUUCUUCUUGUCCUAGACGUUAUGUGGUUCGUGUUUCGUCAUGGGAGAACUUACCAAAAAGCAGUUGUCCUCUUGCAUGGGGUUCCUGUAGUUUACGAUCUGGAUGAAAUCAAGAAAGAACAGAAUAAAAGGAAAUCCUUGGAARCAGAUUCGAAUCGUUCAUCUCAUGAAAGUGUCACCUUUAAGGAAAAAGCUAUAUCAYCGGGAGAUGUUAACAAUGAAGCCGAGAAGAUCGAACCUUUGAAUAAAAUGGAAGCUCCAGCACUGAAUAAAGAAAGUCAACAUAAAGAAGCAGCAUCGACGCAAGAUGAAGGAUGUCAGAGCUCCGACGUUGAAGAAAAAUCGGCCAAGGAAACUCCUAAGUCCUCAAGUAAGCCRAUUAARUAUGGCAUGGUUGUGUUGGACUACUUAAAUACAGGACUUUUCUAUGUGUAUGGUGCUYUAAAGCGCCUGAAUUAUGAGUUAACCAAGACUAACCUAGUCCCAAUGGUACUUCUCUUUGUGAUGGGGMUUUUGCUGAUUUACGUCAUCAUCGUCACAGCUAAGUACGCAUURACAGUUGACACGCUGGACACCGUUGGCUAUUUCGACGUCAAAAURUCGCCMAUUCUGGUCAAUCGAAAAAUAGUGAACACCCGCAUUACAUCAUCGGCUUUCUCUAUCAACCACAUACAGCUUGCCUACUACCAAAAAAGAGUCAACGCUCGCAUUGAGUUUGCCAAGAAAAAAGCCGCCAUCUUCAAAGGAUUUCAGUGUACGACCGCUGAUCAUCAUAACAAGGAAUACUGCUUUUGGGUUGAUGGCAAGUGUGACGGAGUCAAGGGUUACACGGAAGAAUUCCUCAAAAAUUUAACACAAUUGGAAUGCCGCGUCCCUCCUGUUAUUCCACAAAGGUUCACAAAGUUUGAUAGGAUUAUCUACAAAGAACAAUUCAAAAAAGGMAUUCAYCCGUUUGUCUCGGCCAGUCGUGGUUUAGUUCUAAACACUUUCUACACCAUUUUGAUCAUUAUCGCAAUCUUCCUCGUUGUUCAGCUGUUUGGAGAAGUUGUGUUCUUCGCUCUUCGUCGCUUUGACUUAAUACGAACCGUGAAGAGCUAUUCUCUGCAAGACGAAAUAAAACACAAGGUCCCGGAUGAGGAAGAAACAGAUUCGCCAAAAAAGAAAUCGAUUAAAGUGAGCCGCCUCAAGAUCCCAGAUACAAUAGCAAAAAGCUGUGGYUCUGUUAGAGUCAGAUCUGGGUGGCAUCUGGAGUAUAAACCGGAAGARGCCAAAAAACUCAGGAAGGUAAAAGAGAAAGAAAUGAAAAAGAAAGAAAAGGAGAUGAAAAAUGAGAAAAGGAAAUCAAAGGAARACGAGGAAACGGACGAAAGUGGUAAAAAGGAUGGGAAACAGAAGACUCUUUAAGAUUUAUCGCGUGGAAAUGUUUAGUGGCCAUGUUGAAUUAGGUCAUCGUUAAGUUUUUAUGGAAUUUUAAAGUGAAAAUUCCUGAUUAAUUUCAUAAAGAGUUUAAGUUCAUAAAGACUUCUUUGUUUUCUAAAUUUCUUUUUAACUUGUUCUGGCCAAACUCGUGAUUUGCGAUGAAAUGUUAGAGAUAAAACAUUAGUUAUUUUUUGUACAUCCGGUAGAAUCAAAUCAUAUUUUUUUAUAUAUAUUUUGUUCAUUGCAUGUAUCAUUAUAUAUACAAUGUUUAAGGUAAUAUUUUUUGUAAAAACAGAUACUGUGUGACAGUGUCAAGUAAUUUUUGUAUAUACUUUGUGUUUUUUUGUAUAUAUUAUCAGAUUUAUUUAUAGUGCUUAUUAUAAGGUAAUAUUUUGUAGAAGAAAAAAAACUUUUAAGUUUUAAUGUAAAAAUUAAAUAAAACGUAAAACGUUUAGAUUUCCKUUAACCUAGUGCUGUCCUUCCUUGUUUCUCCUGAUCUGUGAGGUCUGCAUGUCAGCGUCAGAAUCGUCCACAAAUAUCACUUUUCCAAGCAAUCCUUCCACAUGCCUGUCAGUCACACAAGUAUCUACGAAUAUCAAAUAAGAAAUUGUCAUUCCAUUGAAAAACUAUGGAACAAAUGAUGAUUUUUCCGUUACAGUGGUUGUCUGUCGGGGCUUAAUUUGGCCAAAAAUAUGACUGAGAAACGUCUGCUAUCRCUGUAAACAUAAUUCAUUAAUCAUCACAUCCACUGUCCCAUUUUAAAAAGACUUGUGUCUGCACUGAGCUAAUGACAAUAAAAGUUACAUUUAGAAUUAUUAACUGUAAUGAGUAACAAAAUUCCUGCAGUAGCUAGGACACGGAAGUUCUGUGUAGUGUCCAUGAAUUUUAUGGCWUUUUCCAAGCUGCUAUUUUGCUACGUUUAUUGAAGAUCUAUCAUUUCUUGUUUUAUAUAAGCAUUUGGGGGUCUUCAGGAGACUGGGGGUUUCUGUUAAGACCACUGAAUCCUUCGCCACAUCAUAAAAAUAGCUCCUUCUACGGUGUUGAUAACAGAUAAGUCCCGUUUGGAUAAMACUGAUAAAAGCGAUAAACGGCCGUCCUCUUAACUUGACCUCAGUCUUAUCUUAUCUAAAGAGUGUUUUUUGUUUUAAUAGACAAAGAACGAUUACUAAUAAUCGUGCGGUAUGACAACGCUGAAGUGCUUAUGCGUGCAAACUAAAGAACACUUGAAAUACACAGAUAUUACGGGAAAGCCCCAUGUAGUAGAAUCUAGAUUUUUCAUCAGCUUAAAAAAGAGCUGCUUAAUUUGAAGUUGAGCAACAUAGCAAUAAAUUAAGUCCAUUCUUCGGAUUGCUAG